AGCGCAGUAGACAAUGUCGACAACUGGGAUUCAGGAACAAACUUCCAAUGACAUUGCAAUUGAAAACAGCGAUCUCGUUCUAAAACCAAAUAAAUAUGCAUUUCUCAAUGCUAAAUGCUUGUUGCAACGGUGUAGUUUUGGUGACUAUAAUAUCUAUGAUCAUUUAGUUCAUAUUGUUAGAACGAUUUUGAGGGAAAACCAGGCCGAUUCUCUGAUUGAACUUGAGAAUUUGAGCCGAAAGUUAAAGAGGUACGAGUGCUCUGCAGAUGUAACGUUGAUGAAGAAUGCUAAAGAGAAGUCUUCUGAAUUGGACUUGGCAUUACUUCACAAACCUUUUUUCUCGUUUAAUCCCAGAGACACUUCGAGGCAAGCGAAUUUACCGAACCUGCCCAAGCUGUUUUUUGCUCUAGAACAAGCAGGUAUAGGACUUCCUCAGGAAGAAGUUAUUAGCCUGUUGUUAUCACUCCGGCUGUUUUUGAAAAAUACUCCGUCAAACACUAUUAGAUUUUGGGGAAAGUAUUUUGGGACUUCAAAAAGUUAUUAUGUUUUGGAGGUUGAAGAAUUAGAACCUGUUUCCAAGCUUCUUGAAACGCCUAAGGUUCAUUCUACUCUAAGGGAUGACGAAAAUACUGUAAGAUCAGAUGCCGAGCUCAGUGAAAGAUUGGCAGUACUAGAUUUGGAUCCUCUUCCGAAGUCUGAAUGGAAAAUCCAGCCACCUGUACCUCCUGAAGAAAGUGGAAAGGGCACCAACAGAAAAGCAUAUUAUGUCUGUAACACUCUUGGAGGAAAAUGGGUCAGACUACCUGAUGUAACACCGGAGCAAAUUGUAACCUGUCGUAUGAUAAGAUACUUUUGUACUGGAGAUUUAGAAGCUGAAGUCAAUACAAAUCCAACAUUUCCAGGAGUGGAGAAAAAUUUCCUUCGAGCACAGAUUGCACGUAUAUCUGGAUCAACUAUGAUAUCCCCGAUCAAUUAUUAUCAGUUUAAUGAAGAUGAAGAAGAGGAAGUAGAAGAAGAUGCUUUGCGUGAAAAUUUUAUUGAAAAUUCUGAAUAUGAGCCUAUGACAAUUUACGACUUAACUGACACCAGCUUAGCCAAUUGGGUUCAUCAUACAGCAUAUAUACUGCCUCAAGGUCGAACAGUCUGGUUUAAUACGACAGCUAAAUCAAGUGACGACUUAGAAGAUGAAAUGUCUGAAGAUGAAGAAGAGGAACCUGAUGAACUUGAACCAGAAACAGGACCUCCACUAUUGACCCCGUUAUCAGAGGAUGCUGAAAUCGGUAGUAUUCCACCAUGGUCAACUCGUAUUACUUCACAAUUAGUACCACACUAUGCAUUUGCUGUACUAUCAUCGAAUGUCUGGCCUGGUGCACAUGCCUUAGCACAAGGCAAAUAUUUUGAGAAUAUCUAUAUAGGAUGGGGACUGAAAUAUACCGGAAUGAAUUUUAAUCCUCAGUUGAUGCCAAAACCAUUCGAAGAAUUCCCUUCAGGACUAGAAAUUACAGAAGUUGAUGAUCCAACACCUGAAGAAGAAGCUGCUUGGAGAGCUGCACAAGCUGAAGCUGCUCUACGUCAAGCUGAAGAAGGUCAAGAAGAAGAAGAAGAAGAGGAAGAAGAAGGUGGUAGUGGUGAUGAUGAGGAUGGAGAUGAUUAGAAGAAUUAUCACUUCUCGAUGAAUGGGAUAAACUUAAGCACAGAAAAGUGUAAAAUAGUUUGUGACAAACUGUCCUUCUUAGAUAUUUCUUAUUUAUGCCAUUUACAUAUGAUAGAAUGUUUAUGUAAAGGUUUUAACACAUACUUUGAGACAAACA